CUUUGUCAUCGAUUACUAACAGUUAUAUCCUGUUCGUGCGAAUCUUUUGAAUAAGUUGAAUCUAUGUAUAUUGAUGACAACAUGGAUAAAUUAAUAAUUAAAAUGAUAUUGAUGAUGCUGCCGAGUCUAUGCCUUUCCAUGAAGUGUUUUGAGUGUAAUUCGGAACAGUUGCCACGGGAAUGCAGCUCCGUCUUCAAGUUGACCAAGGAAAAUGCUACCUACAUCAGAGAUGACUGUGACACGUGUCUCAAGGUGUAUUUCGUUAAUGGCUCAAGUUACCAGAGACAUUGUCGACCCAAGGUUUCCAGUGGCUACCACCUAUCUCUCGGAUGCGAGAAGGAUGGGGACAAACGUACAUGUUAUUGUCAAGAGGAAUUGUGCAAUGGAGCUAGGAGUGAGCUCGCUGCGUUCACUAUAAUGAUUUUUGUUUGCAUAUCUGCCUACCUUUUGUAUAGUUUCAUGUCUCCGGAUACCCUUCAUCUUUGAAUGAUAAAUAAAUACUCGGAUGAAGUUUUAUCCGUACCUUAUUCGA